UAAUUUAGCGAAUACGUUCAUUUAUAAAUAAUUUCAGCGUGUAUUGAUAGGAGGGGGUACAUAACCAUGUGCUUCGACAAUUAGCAAACGUGAUAACGCGACUCCCUCCUAAAAGAAAUUUUAUUUUUCCCAGUACAUUUAUAUUGAGUCAGUACUAUCAUAUUUGCCUUACUUCAGUAUCGUACUUGUUCAAGUGAUAACAAGAAAUUUUUUAUUACUUUACGUUAAAGUAUUCUCAAAUUGUUAAAUAUGGCCCAAGAAUGGGGUUAUGGUAAAGAUAAUGGACCUGAAACAUGGCCACUCUUUUUCCCUGACGCAGCAGGUUCCCGUCAAUCACCAGUAGACGUAGAAACAUCAAAAGCAACUUCUGACGAUUCGUUGAAAAAUGAACCUUUGCGUUGGAAAUUUGCACCGGAGAACUGCUUGAGUAUAACAAACCCAGGGUACUGUUGGCGAAUAGAUGUUGACGGCGCUGGAUCUGAUUUGAGCGGAGGACCUUUGAGUAACAAGUACAAGUUAGAACAGUUUCAUUGCCACUGGGGAUGUGAUAAUGGUGAAGGUUCCGAGCACACUGUCGAUGGAAAAGCUUAUGCUGGAGAGCUUCACUUGGUUCAUUGGAAUUAUUAUAAAUAUCCUUCAUUCAAAGAAGCUUGCUCAAAGCCCGAUGGUUUAGCUGUGUUAGGUAUUCUUCUUGAGGUAGGAGAUGAAGAUCAUCCAGAAGUACAAAAGAUUUGCGAUCUAAUCCCGAAUAUCAUGUUCAAAGGACAAUCGACAAAAAUUACCACACCAAUCGACCCUGAAAAGUUCAUACCGGAAGAUACCAGUUAUUGGACCUAUUUAGGUUCCUUGACAACGCCGCCUUGUUUAGAAAGUGUUAUAUGGAUUUUAUUCAAGACGCCCAUUAAAAUUUCUGAAAAACAGUUGGAUAUUUUCCGUUCGUUGCGAGCUUGUCGGCCGGAUGCUCAGACGGAGCAAAUGAUGUUGCAAAACUAUCGUCCCCCAGUAUCGCUUGGUAAUCGUGUACUUCGUGAAUGUGGUUCAAAUUAGAACCCAUUUCUAGUCAACUGUCAAAAUUCUUCACGUAUUCUACACCGUGUGAUGUACAUUUAAGAUAGGCAUCACUUUGGGGAAAACAAAUCACCGCUGAAAUUAACGGAAGUGUGAGUUUCAUGCAACAGGGUACCUUUUAAGUUUUCAAAUUAAAUUUUUAAGUUUUUUUUCUCAAGUGUACAAUAAAGUAUUUUGUCUUUGCAUUCUAA